CUCUCGGGUUCUCCGUAGGGCCCCGCCUCGGAGCGGGCGGUGGCGGAGGAGGAGACUGAGGAGCAGGAUGGCGGCCUCGGCCCUGCACGCCUGCACCGAGUGUACCCAGCGCUAUCCCUUCGAGGAGCUCUCCCAGGGCCAGCAGCUCUGCAAGGAAUGUCGGAUUGCACAUCCUAUUGUAAAAUGUACUUACUGCAGAUCAGAAUUUCAACAAGAGAGCAAAACUAACACAAUUUGUAAGAAGUGUGCUCAAAACGUGAAGCAAUUUGGGACGCCCAAGCCUUGUCAGUACUGUAACAUAAUUGCAGCAUUUAUUGGUACCAAGUGUCAGCGUUGCACAAAUUCAGAAAAAAAGUAUGGACCACCUCAGACCUGUGAACAAUGCAAACAGCAGUGUGCUUUUGAUCGGAAGGAGGAAGGAAGAAGAAAGGUUGAUGGAAAGUUAUUAUGCUGGCUCUGUACUUUAUCGUACAAAAGAGUUUUACAGAAGACGAAAGAACAAAGGAAGAGCCUGGGAUCUUCACAUUCAAAUUCAUCUUCUUCAUCUCUUAGAGAGAAAGACCGGCAUCAUCCAAAACAUCAUCACCACCAUCAUCACCAUCACCGUCGUCACAGCACAAUUCAGAAUGAAACUCCAAAGAAAAAGCCCAAAUUGGAAUCUAAGCCAUCUAAUGGAGAUAGCUCUAUAAAUCAGUCAGCAGAUAGUGGGAGAACAGACAAUUUUGUCCUUAUAAGUCAACUGAAAGAAGAAGUGAUGUCACUUAAGCGUCUCUUACAGCAGAGAGACCAGACCACUUUAGAAAAAGAUAAAAAGUUAACUGAACUAAAGGCAGACUUUCAGUACCAAGAGUCAAAUUUGAGAACAAAAAUGAACAGUAUGGAAAAAGCUCACAAAGAAACUGUGGAACAACUUCAGGCCAAAAACAGAGAACUACUCAAACAGGUGGCAGCAUUAUCAAAGGGUAAAAAAUUUGACAAAAGUGGAAGCAUACUGACAUCUCCUUGAGAAAGUAAUUUGUUUAGCAUGUCUUCUUACAAUGUAAAUUUGGGGAAAAAAAAUUCUGUGAAGCCCUUAAAUUCUGUGUAGUAGAAAAAUAUUUUUGCACACCAAAUGAAUUGGUGUGUUUCCUAUUCACUUUUAUAAUUGAUAUACAGCAUUUUUUAAGUUGUAAAAUGUUCAAAUAAAACUUCAACUGGUUUGAAGUAACUUUUUAAUUGUUUGAUAUAAAGGAACUUUUUUGCCAGCAAUAGUAUUAAACAGUUGUAAAGGAGUGCAUGAGUAGUGCUCUUUGUAAAAUGCAACAUGCAAUAAUAGACUAGGUAUGGUUUAAGAAGUCAGAGCAGCAGGGUUUUUUUGUUUUGUUUUUGUUUUACACUAUGCUAAUUUCAGACAAACAGUUUUCAGUUUAGAAAUACAAAAACUUUUAAACUCGAAAAAUGGCGAACACUGGUUUUUUGGGAAUUGUGUUUUUACUUUGCAUCAACAUGAAUUUAGGAGAAAAUCACGGUGCUUUUAUUAAAUGAACUUCAGAUAUACGUAAAUUUGUUUUUUAAAGUUACAUCAUUAACAUUAGUAACCUAGCAUUUUCAUUAUUGGUAUAGGAAUUAAUGUUUAUUGUACAGUAUCUAAGGUAAAAUGUGUUUCUGUUUUGUAAAAACUACUGUAGAUUUUUACUUACAAGUGCCUUUUUGCCACCUAAUGUUUUUAUUUAUAGGAAUGCUGAUCUUUUGUACACAGUUUGUUUUAAAAUCAUGUUUAAUAAAUGUUUGUAUAUAAAUGCAUAUGUACAGAAGCCUAUUUCAAAAGGAAAUCAAAGUUGCUAGUAAAAUGUUUGAGAUUACAUUUAGAACUAACUGAUAAUGCAUAUAGAUUGUAGAAAAUUUUGUGAUUUGUUUCUGUGUGAUAAGGGAAGCUGUUGGUCUUUGAAUUCAUUUAAUUAUGUCAAAAUAGUUCCCCAAAGAUUUAAUUUUAAGUUGCUUCUUAAAGAGUAAUUUUAUUUUUUAUGUCAUAUGGCUUCAUAUUAGUAUUUUGUGAGUUACAUGUUUUGCUUUAUUUUUUAUAAAAUUUCUUGAAAAUUUUAAUGUUUCUACAAUGAUCCAUAUAUCUGCUUUUCCUAUGUGUGGUUAUCUAAGUUAAUAUUUAUGUACAACAUAAUUUGUAAAUUUAAAGCAAAUCUGAAAAAAAUUAAUCUUUUUAAUCCAAUCUGUGAUAAUCUUUGAAUAAAUUGGAAUCUACUAUAAGAUUCAGGCACUAUAAGUAAAUUGUCCUAAAGUCUUUAAAAUUGUCUAUAAAAGGUUAAGGUAGGGUGGGAUACGUUAUGUGAAGUUAUUGACUAACUAUAUUCUGAUCCAGCGGUUUUCAGCCUGAAAUGGAAUUUAUCUCCUAGUUAUUAUCAGUUCAGAGUUUUAGUUUGAUUUUAAAGUAUUGCUAGAUACACUGUAUAGAGUGAGUUGCUUCUCAAUAAUUUAUGGGCAAAGAUAAAUUUGCUUCAUGUAAAACUGUUACUAAAUUUAUAAGUUUUAAAGAUUUUGUUUUUAUACAAGCAUUGAUUGUGAAUGUCAUAUCAAAGGUUGGCUUUCUUAAGAACACAUGAUUGAAACAAAUUUUUUUUAACAUGAUGUGUUUCAAUGGACUGUUCUCAUAGUUCAUUAUAAAGUGAUACCAAAUAAUUCUUUGUCCAUUUUGAAAGCAUAAUAUAGGGUAAUUUUCAAGCGAUAGAAAAAGAUUCAGUUAGAAUCUUGUAAACUAAACCAGUUUAUUUUUAUGAGAUCUUCAUGUAAUAAUUUUCUUAAAUUUAGUACUCUCAACCAUGAUAGAUAAUGCCUUAACAUGGAUUUUAACGUUUGCAGGAUUUGUUAAAUUCAUAAGAUAGUUAUUACCUUUCUUUGAAAUUUGUAAUGUUUUAUAUUCUUGUUUCAUAGCCAUUUAUCAGUCCACAGUGGUCAUUAUGGUUUUACUUUUUGAUAGUUCUUACAUCUUGUUGGAGAAACUACAAAAGAAAGUUGUCCUUGUCCUUCCUCUUAGCUAACAUCAAAAUUAAAAAUAGUUUAAUAUUAAUAUUAGCUAACAUUAAAAGGGAAGGUAAUUCAGUUUUAAUGUUAGCUAACAUUAACAGUCUAAUAAUUUAGCUUUGUAAAUUCCAAGGCUAAAACCCUUUCAUGGGCUUCACAGUAUUCAGUCCUAAUUAAAUACCCUUCUUUAUUCCAUGACCUUAUUUUAUAACUUAAAUUUUUUGCAAUUGUAUAAACUAGUAAUUCAGUCCCAGUCCUGGAUCUCUGUAGUGUUUUGACUUAAUAAACUGAUAUUCUUUAAAUGUGGACCUGUAAGGAGAUGCUAUGGUGUGGUGUAUUGUGCUUUUAGCCUGUUUUCCACUAUUAAUUAGCAUUUACCAGUAAGGGUCAUUUUGACUCAAGUUAUUUAUGUAUUAAUAGCCUGUGAAUAUUGCAGUCCUUUUUAGAUUAUAUUGGUCUAAAUAUGCAUUCUGCAGUGAACCUGUUAAGCUGUUCACAUGUAUAGACUAUUGAAAUACUGUACUUGU